AUGUCAAAUCGAAACUCAAACCAAAACCUCAACCAAAACCAAAACCCGAACCAAUUCCAAUAUCGAAGCAACUUCAAUCCCGCCCAAAAUGUUCAACCUAUACCUCAAGAGCGACCGUGUGGCAAUCGAGAUCGUGGCAAUCCCACGAAUGAAGACCCGUUCUUUAAAAUAGACGAUUUGAGGAACGCCAUUCCCGAUGACGAACCGUAUAGUGUUCCCGGUUAUCAAUCGCCAGAACAUGUGAGUGUUCAUACGGAAAAUUCGGAUGAUGGGGGAUAUUACGAUGAUCGGGCUAAUGAUGAUGAAGAUUGGUGGUAUGUGAAUCGAGGUAACUUUUACAAUGCAAGAGAGUUUGAAGAUGAUGAGUUUGGCUACCAAAACGCCAACUUUAUGGGGAACGAUGAUUACGGGUAUGGGAAUAGGAGAAAUGACGGUUACGAAAACAACCGCCAACCACAGAACAACAACCAAAGGAACCGGAAUGACGGGUUUUACAAUAAUAACAACAAUUCUAACCCUAACUGGAUUCCUCGUUUCAUGGGAGGGGUUAAUCAAAGGGGUAACCAAGGUGGAAACCGAAGAGGUGAUAGGGGAGCUGAUAGAAGGGAUAAUCGAAGGCCGGUGGAUCAAGAAGUUAACGGUCCACAUCGUCGUCAACAACCUCCACGGGGAGUGAAUGACCGUUUUAGACCAGUGGUUACGGAUAAUAACUCUCCAAUAGUUUGUGAAAGGAGAAUGUUCGACUGUAAGCCUCAUUACAUCAAUAUACUUCCCCACUUCAAUGGGAGGUCUAAUGAUGAACCGUAA